AUGUCACAACCUCGGAUCCUCGAGUUGGUGAAGACUCAAUGUCGCAUCUUCUCCCUCAAUUUCAACCCUGAACGACUCCGGCUCGGAAACAAGGUCCUCAGACAACGGCUGCGUGGUCCAGCACUCGCGGCAUGGUAUCCCAAGAAGGACGUCUCAUUCAGGGACCUACAGAACACAUACAAGCCACUCGGCUUGACGACUUUUGACGAGGCUGAGGACGAUCGAGAGGAAGCCAUUCAAAUUGCCAAAUUGAGAGGUAAAGGACGACCUAAGAAGAAGAGGACCGCAGCCGAAUCGAAAUCCGCGAAGAAGAAGAAAUAG